GUGGACACACAAGAGUUAACUGGCGGGUGUGACAGGCGGACCGCCCUCAGGAAGUGUUACUCACCGGGAAUGUGUGUGCCUGUGCCUUCGGGCUGGAUUCUCUUCCUGAGUCCCGGCAGAAGCCGAAAGAGCUCCCAGCCAUGGAAUUCCCCGGGGAGCCCGGAGCAGGCCCUCGCGGAGCCCCCAGCGCAUCCAGCGUGGCUCCUGAGCACCUGGAGAGAGAAAAGCCAGCCCAGGACCCGCUGUACGACGUGCCCGAUGCCAGCAGGGGGCAGGCGGAUGGGCCCCAGCGGCCCGGGCGCUCCGUGAGCCUGCGGGAGCGCCUGCUGCUCACCCGGCCCGUGUGGCUGCAGCUGCGGGCCAACGCGGCGGCCGCGCUGCACGUGCUGAGGACUGAGCCCCCCGGGACGUUCCUGGUGAGGAAAUCGAACACCCGCCAGUGCCAGGCCCUGUGCGUGCGUCUGCCCGAGGCCAGUGGCCCCUCCUUCGUCUCCAGCCACUACAUCCUGGAGAGCCCUGGCGGCGUCUCCUUGGAGGGCUCGGAGCUCAUGUUCCCGGACCUUGUCCAGCUCAUCUGUGCCUACUGCCACGCCCGGGACAUCCUUCUCCUCCCACUCCAGCUCCCCUGCGCCAUCCACCGGGCGGCCACCCACAAGGAGCUGGAGGCCAUCUCCCAUCUGGGCGUUGAGUUCUGGAGCUCCUCCCUCAACACCAAGGCGCAGCGGGGCCCCUCCGAAGGCCCACUACUGCCCCGGCUGAAGGCCCGGUCCCCUCAAGAGCUGGACCAGGGCACUGGAGCCGCCCUGUGCUUCUUCAACCCCCUGUUCCCAGGGGACCUGGGCCCCACCAAGCGGGAGAAAUUCAAGAGGAGCUUCAAAGUGCGUGUGUCCACAGAGACCUCCAGCCCCCUAUCUCCACCGGCCGUGCCGCCUCCCCCGGUCCCAGUGCUGCCAGGGGCAGCCCCCAGCCAGACAGAAAGGCCACCCCCUCGCCAGCUGCUGCGGAGGGAGAGCUCAGUGGGCUACCGAGUGCCAGGGGGUGGUGGCCCGGGACUCCCACCCCUGCCCUCCCUCCAGGAGGCGGACUGUGGCUCCCCCAGCAGCUCUGAGGAGGAGGGGGCGCCGGGGUCCUGGGGGAGCCCUGUGACCUCACCCCGCCUGAGCCGCCGGCGGCCUCUGCUUCGGUCCAUGAGCGCUGCCUUCUGCUCCCUGCUGGCUCCUGAGCGGCAGGUGGGUCGGGCAGCCGAGGCGCUGCUGCGGGACCGCCGCACGGCCGUGGGCCAGCUGGUGCAGGAUCUACUGACCCAGGUGCGGGCCGGGCCUGAGUCCCGGGAGCUGCAGGGCAUCCGCCAGGCUCUGAGCCGGGCCCGGGCCAUGCUGAGCGCGGAACUGGGCCCUGAGAAACUGCUGCCGCCGGAGAGGCUGGAACAUGUCCUGGAGAAGUCGCUGCACCGCUCUGUGCUCAAGCCCCUCCGGCCCAUCCUGGCAGCGCGCCUGCGGCGCCGGCUUUCCGCAGAUGGCUCCCUGGGCCGCCUGGCCAAGGGCCUCUGCCUGGCCCGGGCCCAGGGCCCUGGAGCCUUCGGAUCCCACCUGAGCCUGCCCUCCCCUGCAGAGACAGAGCAGGUGCGCCAGAAGCUGCUGCAGCUGCUCCGCACCUACUCCCCCAGCGCCCAGGUCAAGCGGCUCCUGCAGGCCUGCAAGCUGCUGUACGUGGCCCUGAGGGCCCAGGAGGGGGAGGGCGCCGGGGCUGACGAGUUCCUGCCACUGCUGAGCCUUGUCUUGGCCCAGUGCGACCUUCCCGAGCUGCUGCUGGAGGCCGAGUACAUGUCAGAGCUGCUGGAGCCUGCCCUGCUCACCGGAGAGGGCGGCUACUACCUGACCAGCCUCUCGGCCAGCCUGGCCCUGCUGAGCAGCCUGGCCCAGGCCCACGCCCUGCCCCUGAGCCCCUCGCAGGAGCUGCAGCGCUCCCUUAGCCUCUGGGAGCAGCGCCACCUGCCCGCCACCCACAGCUUCCAGCACCUCCUCCGAGUAGCCCACCAGGACCCCAGCACUGGCUGCACCUCCAAGACUCUGGCUGUUCCCGCAGGGGCCUCCGUCGCUACCCUGAACCAGCUCUGCGCCACCAAGUUCCGAGUGACCCAGCCCGACACUUUCAGCCUCUUCCUAUACAAGGAGCAGGGCUACCACCGCCUGCCCCCGGGAGCCCUGGCCCACAGGCUGCCCACCACCGGCUACCUCGUCUACCGCCGGGCAGAGUGGCCUGAGACCCAGGGGACUGCGCCAGAGGAGGGCAGUGGGCAGCCAGAGGCAGGGGGCAGGGAGGAGGAGAAAGGGGGCCAGGGAGACGGGGACGCUGGGGUCAGAGCCAGCCCCAGGGACAGGGUGGGAGCGUCUGAGACAGCGGCUGAGGGCCGGGAGGACCAGGCCAGGGGAGGCCCUGCUCAGCCAGGGCAGCCAGAGGCUGAGGGAAGCCAGGCAGCCGCGGAGUAGCUAGCAGUGGCCAGAAGGGUCCUUUGGGGCAGGAGACUCUGAGCCUGCUGGGAAGGCCUUUCAGAGCCUUCAUCCCAGCCAAGGUGUCCUUGGUCACCCCCACGCUGGGGCCUCUCCAGUGUCUGCCUCCACCUCCGCUGGUGCUCAUGUGCAUGAGCCCGCCUGCUGGGGGAGCUGGCGGAAUGGCCACAUCAGAGGGGUUGGAAUAAUGUUGGGGGUUGGGGGACCCCUGGAUUAUG